UAUGUAGACCUCUCCCCACCUCCAUUAUUGUUGAAGUCAUCUUACCGUUAUUUUUGGUCUCACUUUCUCAUUUUCUUUCCACUUCCUAAGUAUAAAACCCUAACCCCCUUUCCACUAGUCAUUAUCUCUCUCUUUUUUCAUUUUUAGCAAACACUCUCAACCUUUACUUUUUUUUCAAUCUUUGUAGUUCUUACCAUUACAAUGGCCAAAGUUAAGAUUGGAAUCAACGGUUUUGGAAGGAUCGGGCGUUUGGUCGCUAGAGUGAUCCUCCAGAGGAACGAUGUUGAGCUUGUCGCUGUUAAUGACCCCUUUAUCACCACUGAUUACAUGACAUACAUGUUCAAGUAUGAUUCUGUGCACGGUCAAUGGAAGCACCAUGAGCUUAAGGUCAAGGAUGAGAAGACUUUGCUCUUCGGUGAGAAGCCCGUCUCCGUCUUCGGCUGUAGGAACCCAGAGGAGAUCCCGUGGUCUCAGACUGGAGCUGAAUUCGUUGUAGAGUCCACUGGAGUUUUCACCGACAAGGAUAAGGCUGCUGCUCAUUUGAAGGGUGGUGCCAAGAAAGUUGUCAUCUCUGCUCCAAGCAAAGAUGCUCCUAUGUUUGUUGUUGGUGUUAACGAGCAUGAAUACAAGGCAGAGCUUGACAUUGUUUCCAACGCCAGUUGUACCACUAACUGCCUUGCUCCAUUGGCCAAGGUUAUCAAUGAUAGGUUUGGCAUUGUUGAGGGUCUCAUGACCACUGUUCACUCCAUCACUGCCACGCAAAAGACUGUUGAUGGUCCAUCUGCCAAGGACUGGAGAGGUGGAAGGUCUGCUUCCUAUAACAUCAUUCCCAGCAGCACUGGAGCAGCUAAGGCUGUUGGAAAGGUCUUGCCAGCUCUCAACGGGAAGUUGACUGGAAUGGCUUUCCGUGUUCCAACUGUUGAUGUCUCUGUUGUCGACCUUACAGUCAGACUUGAGAAGGCUGCUACCUAUGAUCAGAUCAAGGCUGCCAUCAAGGAGGAAUCUGAGGGCAAAUUGAAGGGAAUUUUGGGCUACACCGAGGAUGAUGUUGUCUCCACUGACUUUAUCGGUGACAGCAGGUCAAGCAUCUUCGAUGCCAAGGCCGGAAUUGCUUUGAACGAGAGCUUUGUUAAGUUCGUUUCUUGGUAUGACAACGAAUGGGGUUACAGUUCCCGUGUUGUUGACUUGAUCGUCCACAUGUCAAAGACCAAGUAAGAGAUUUCGUUGUGUUGAUAUCGGCAUGGAAUUGAUGCAGUGUCUAUCCUCGAUUGGCAGGAUAGGUUUUUAGAAUAAAGCGGGAUGUUGUCAAAUGCAACUUUAGAGAGCUUUUGUUUACUGUGGGUUUGGCAUUUAUGUGAUGUGCCAUGGAGUCUUACCGGUCUCCCUUGCACAGCUAUAAAUUUGCCGUUCUUGCCUUCUUGGAACAAUAAUGCCCAAGCGCUUUGUUUGUUUUUGUUAUUGUUAUUGUUGUUGUCUUGGUUGGUUAUGAUCAGUCUAGCUUAGUGAUGUGUUUUUCAUGCCAAAGAGAUUUGCAAAACUGAAAUUUUACUGUUAAAAUUGAGCCGGUAAAGGUCAAACUACAACAAACAUGCACCAUUAUAGUACUUUUAUUACCUUCGUUCCCU